AUGAAGACUGCAGGAUGGUUUUGGGCACAGAAACUAACAUUCAGUAUCGAUAUACGGCUACCCUUGGAAAUGGUAAGGCAUAACUCUCUUUCUGUUCCAAAUGAUAUGUCCGAUCUUACGAGUAAAAUUCAAACAUGGUGCACUCGAUAUGCUAAGUUGGCCAACAAACGCGGAUCGGCAACCGAGAGCAUCAGCAACAUUACAACAACGGAUGAAUCUGAGCAAAAGUAUAGGUGCGAAAAACACAAGGGGAACAACAGUCAUGGCACAGAUCGCUGCUAUUUCCUGAAGUAUCGCAAUCGAGAUCAGGGUGACGCCAAAACUCAGAGCAAAGAUGAUAAACAUUGUGAUGUGCAUGGCAAGUGUUAGCAUGCUACCGAAGAGUGUCGCCACAAACGUUCAAAGGUGGCAAUUAA